AUGCGCGCCGGCGGCUGGUGUGGUCGGGGGAUGCUGGAGCGGCCGGCGCGGGGAAGGUAUGGCGCAAGCCGCGUGCCGUCGACGAUCGCCUUGGUGUCCCCUAUACGUGCUUCUCUUACUCGCGCUUCUCGCCACAGCUCUUCUCCUCGUGCCCUUCCUCGCGAACCGCAACAAUCAGGUGCGCUGCGACAAUCAG